CAUAGUAGCGAUAAUGUCGCCAGGAUACUCAGAUGUAGAAUGUAUGAAGCUAAAAUGUCAGAUAACGGCCUGUAUGGGGGAUAGGGUGGCUGAAAGCAUGAUAUGACGUUUAUAACGCGCGUGGUCCCUGUUUUACUGAGAGGAUAACAAGACAUCUGAUGAUGGCGCACAGGAACGAGGCGGAAGGCACAUUGUCAGUCCCCAGUAGGCAGGACAGGAAGCUAAGUUCUCAAAGGCGACGAAGACAGAGCCUUGCUGUGGUUAAUAAUCCUUGGGGACUUACGAUAGAGAGACCUGUAUGGGGAAAUGAAAGUCUGAUCUCACCAAGCGAGGAGUUGUUAAUACUGAGGACUGCGUUUACACCCCCUAAAGUCUACGCCAUGCCCCCGGGAAAGUUUGACAGCACAACCACUCAUGGAAUCAAGAAAAAACUCCGACCAAGCUCGGCAGCAGCUAAGCUUCAAAGCCAUCCAUCCUUCUACACCAACAUAUUUGAUAACUCCCGUCCAGCCACAGCGACCACAAGUACCCGGUCCCCCGAGGCCGGGCAGCGUCCCGUCACUCACGCGGCUGGGGGUCGGAGGCAGUAUCGGGCACCCCCGGAGGAUGAACGACUGAAAGAAAUCGCCAAACAGCCCCGUAGACUCACUCUUGGGGCUGUAGAUGGCAUCUCUGAGCUCGAACAUAUCCCCCGCCCCACCAUGGGGUCCGGGGCGAUUUCGGCACAAUUGAAAAGCAAGAUCGAGGAGCAGAUCAACUUGGACACACUUGAGAUCCUGAAGCAGGCUUUUGUUGAGGCCGAUGAGGAUGGUUCUGGGGAACUUGAACUUGACGAGUUUAAGUCUCUACUCAAGGAACGUCUGCACCUCAAGGGUACCAAUACUCUAAGAGAUUCUCCUUACAGUGUCCCAGUACUGCAUCCUUACCUUGACCAUCUUGUGCCCCGAGAUGCACAGAUCGACUCACUUUUCAUGAAAAUUGACUGGUCCUCUGAUGGCGCUAUCACAUGGGAUGAGUUCUGUACAUACAUGCAACUUGAGUACGCUGAGAAGGAGGAUUCCUACCUCCGCUCUAAAGAUGUCGCUUUCCACCUUCCAGCCAAAAUCAUCAACUGUCGUGAAUCAAUCCUAAGAAUCACAGACACGUCAGAUGGCACUUUUGUAGCUUGUAGUCUGGAUGGCAAUGUGUCAUUCCUGGGGACAAAUAUGGACAUAAAAAAACACAAAGCUCUCAUUAACAAUGAACCUGGAAUGAAACAGAAACAGAAAUGGAUAACAGACUUUGUGAUAAUGAACGAAUUUAACAAAUUUCUUGUUGGAACUGGGGACAGAGAAAUCCAGUUCUAUGAACUCUCCUCACUCGAUCCGUAUUGCCAAGUCAGUGGACUGGAUACUGUACCAUUGAAAUUGGAUUACUGUUCUACAGGUGCUGAUGAAUGUCUGAUCCUUUAUGGUGACAGUCUCGGCUGUAUCAACAUCCUGUUGGUGGACUCGGCCGGGGAAUGUCUAAGAACAUGGAAGAAGGCCCCCAAACAUGACGGUAUAGCCAGUGUAAGUCUGGACAGUGUCAUUAAGAUACAGAAGGUCCAGUACCUCCGCUGGCAGGUCCAUGGAGAUUGGGUACAGCAGCUUAAAUACUAUCACAACAUCGGCCAGAUUAUCUCCUGUUCCAAUAACGCCAACACAGCACUUGUCAUUGGGUGUACAACAGGCUCCACACAUGUAGAAGCUCAACUCAAGGAGACAAAGGACUCGGAUGAACGAGCAAGGCGGACAAAUGUGGCCAAACCGAGGCUGGAGGCCGACCAAUCAGUAUUCUACGUCUAUAAAGGAGUCAAAUGUUUUGAUUUCUGUAAAAACAAAAACGUUAUUGUAACAGGAGGUAUGGAUAGAAUUGUAAGAUUAUGGAACCCGUAUGUGCCAGGUAAACCAACCGCACUGCUGAGAGGACACAACGCCCCAAUAUUUUACCUGUUUAUUGCGGAGGAAGAAAGUCGGAUAUUCAGUAUAUCUACAGACAAGUGUGUCAAGGUAUGGGAUAUCCAGGACCAUAAUUGUUUACUGACAAUCAGACCCAAAGCUCACAAAAUUCACGGUGACCUUCAAGCCUGUCAUUACUCAAACAUCGCCAAAUCUCUCGCCGUGGCAACUGACCAGAAGCUUGCGGCUCUGAACCUCAGGCAAAAACUGGAUCAGAAUAUAAACAGCAGACCGGUGCUUCAUGCUGACAUCACAAUCACACAUAAGGAGCCAGUAACCUGCUGUAAAUACAACCCCAGUUUUAACCAAGUCAUCACCUGUUCAGAGGGCUCUGUGAUAAAACUAUGGGAUUUUGAGACGGGUGCAGGAAUAUUUGAAUUCGGAGAUGCUCAUGGCGAGGCAGCGAUAACCUGUAUGACCUUUGACUCCACGGGGAGAAGAUUACUGACAGGUGGCAGAGAUGGAACCAUUAAAAUCUGGAAUUACAACAAUGGCCAUUGUUUACGGAUGCUUAAGAAAGAGGCAGAAACUGACGAAGUUUGUGAUUUAACCUAUGUGGAAAUGAACAGAAACAGAUAUGUGAUAUCCGUAGGCUGGGACCGAACAAUCAACAUUUAUUCUGAUGAUGCCAACGCAGACAGCAACAUCCACCUCGUACAGCACCCUAACCUGUACUGGGCGGACGAUAAGAAAAAUGGCCAUAAAGAAGAUAUUCUGGCGAUUGCCCAGAGUCCUCCAAACUUGAUUGCAACAGGAAGUUAUGACGGAGAAGUUAUCGUAUGGAACAUGGUGUCCGGUCAUAUCUUCUGCCAUCUGCACGCUCCUGUACCACAAAACUAUGAGGACGAAUCAUUGGAUGGCGACCUCAGUGUAAACAAGCUUGUAUUUCUCAAGUCUCGAGAGUCUCGUAAGACGUCCGCCUCCCUCAUCGCUAGCGGACCACGAGGGCAUAUCCAUUUUUGGAAUGUGUUCCAGGGCGGCAGCAUGAUGGCACAGUUCAAAGGGUCUAAGAACAGCGGUGGGAUGAUAACGACUAUGGCUACUGAUGAUGCCAACGUCAUGCUUUUCUGUGGAGACAGCCUCGGCUUUAUACUCAUCUAUGAUGUGGAUGGUUAUUGUCUUAACGGCAAGGCAAAGUCACCUCCUGAUCUAAUCCACUCGUGGCGAGGCCAUGUUGAUAGUGUUCUGUGUCUAGAAAUGGUGGAAAAGAAUAAGGUCAUAUUGACAGCCUCCAUGGACUGUACAGUCAGAAUGUGGACGUUCAACGGAGACUACAUCGGUACAUAUGGUCAGCCGGAGCCCUGGGACCUGUAUGACCCGUCGUCUUUCCAACAUCCCAUGGUCCCCUAUGAUGUCCUCAUUGACCCUAUGAGUCUACCAGUACAUCCCAUUUUCGAUAAGUUUGCCGAGACACCAGACCUAAUGAAGGACGACAAAACGGAGGAGGUCCCGAUGAGAACUCCCACACCACAAGUGGCACAGGGCAAGACUCAAUUCUUUGUGGAUGAUGACACGAUCGCCCGGCAAUUAAAAGAUCUGUCCGGUACUCUAAAGGAUGAACGCCUCAAUGAAGAGGAGAUUCAGAAGUUCAGGGGAAAAUGGCUUCGCCAUGAGAAGACGAAGAUCAAGCCAACAGAUCGCGGCGGACCUAGUGAAUAUCAUAUGCUGAAGUGGUCUCCCUUGAAGGACACACCAAUGCCCCCUCCACCAAAACAUCGGUUCAAUAAGGACAAUCCUCUAGAUUUUACCAUAUCAUAGCAUAUGUGACAUCAACAUAGUUUAAGUUAAAUUACCCCAGCAUGUGUAAGCAUGGUAGUCUAUCUGACCACACCCUAGCAUGAACGAGUCUGGCAGUCUUUAAUAUCUGUGAUAUCUCAUUCAGGAUCCUCCAACCAUGUGUGCCAGCUGCAGGGUUGAUCAGAUAUGUCUUAGACAAGAUUUAGAUUGUGAAGAUUAGAAAAAAAAUGUGAAUGCAGCAUUUUCCUUUUUUUAUUAUUUGGUUGUAAAAGCAAGCUUUUAUACUACAAAGAUUUCAAAGAGUUCAGCUGACCCAGAAUCAAGCACUUAGCCCCAUUUCUUUUUUUUUAAGAGUGAAUUGCUGUUGAACACUAGUAUAGUUUCCACAGACAUAUAUUGUUUGUGUGUAGAGAUUUAUUGAUUGGUAAUAAAUUUACAUACCUCAGAAAAAAACUUUUUGUGAUUUUAAGUUUGCUUAGAACACAGUAAUGUGAUAUCAUUUAAAGUAUACAAAUAACGGGAAUAAAAUUUCAUUAGAUUUUUACAAUGUGUAUGUCUGUCAAAUUGUUUUUUAAUUGAACAUGGAGCAGAGACUACCAAAUUCAAAUUUUAAUCAUGUCAAUUUAAAUCUGUCUAUAUUAUACAGCUGUAGUUCAAUUUUAAAAAGUAGUAGGAUAAAUUAAUUUACAUGUCCUGAAUGAGUUUUAAAAUUAAUUAUGAUUAUGUUAUCUUUGAGUCAUUUUUAAACAUUUCUAGAGCCAACAUCUAAUUGAGUUAGACGUGUACUAGAAGUACUUAAGAAAUAAGAUUCGUUAAUUAAGGAUGGUAUGCAUCAUAUAUUUUGCCGAAAGGUAAAUUAUUGAAGCAGAUUUUCUUACACGUGUAUUCACAUUGGUUUGCAAUUUAUUUAUAUUUUUAUAGCAAUGUAUUUUUUCCAAGACAAAUUUAAAUAUACAUGUACUUUUGCCAAACCAAAUUGAUAUUUAUUAUUAUAGGGUUUUCAGGGUUUUUGGUAAAUUGAUUUAAAAAUUUUACUCACAGAUAAUUUUCUAAUCUAAAAUUAAUUCUACAAAGUGUUGAUUUCUUUUAUCCAAUUUGGCACAACACUAUAUUUAAAAUAAAUAAAAAUAAGUCAAAUGGAUCUGAUACAUAGCAAUGUUUGUAUUGACAUUAUGGGUGACGAAAUACAUGGUGACAUCAGUAUUGAUUUUUACAUCUGAUAUCAAAAUAAACAAAAUAAUUCUAGUAUUCUAUAUAUUGUUUUGUAUUUUAUAUUUAUAUCUUCAAGUUUGUAACCUUUGUCAUGUGUUUUAUUAUAAUUAUUUGUAUAUAAUAUUUGAAGAGUGCCAAGAUUUUUGCAAUACUAGAGAUUAGAGUGUAUUAGAUGAUGCAUAUAUGUAUAUAAUAAUAUUAUAUAAACCUAUAAAUUGUAAAUAGGGUAGUUUUUUUUUUUAUUUUUUUUUAUUUUUGUAGUAUGUAUUUAUUUAGUACUACAUAAAUUUAUUUAUCAGUUCAAAGUUAUCAAUAAAAUGCCUUGUUGAAAUCCAAUUUAAAAUAUUCCUUUGUUGAAAUACUACUUUGAAAGUAAAUGUAUUAGUUGAAUUGUACACAUAAGGGUCAAACAAAUUAAUAAAUAUAGUGAUAUUUUACCAUGAUUAUAUCUGACUGUUUAAUGUUUGUAUGAAGGAUAGAGUAUUUUAAUUUUUUUUUUUUUUUUCAGAAUAUAUUUUUACUGAUAGAGUUGUGGUUAUUUUUAGACAUACUUCUUUGUACAUUUUAUUUUCCCCCCUUAUUUAUUUCAUAAUUGUCAUAUUCACAAGAGUUUAAUAACAUUCACUGCCUAGAUUUUUCUGAGUUCUGUAUGGUAUUUUCAAGCCUGAUGCUGAUAAAGUCUACUCAAAGGCAGAAAUACCUGAAUACUUUGUUGGAACUAAAGUCUGCUAACAAGUUGACAGAAGAAAAUAUUUUGGUCAUUUGAAAUACUCUGCAUGUCGUUGGUUAAAUUUUGUGGGGUUUUUUGUAAGGGAGAAAAUAUUGAGAAGAUAUCCUGUGGCAUUAGAUUUAUCCAAAAUGCAAAAUACUGAUUAAACUAUCAAUAUAACUUGGAGAACUUAAUUAGAGAAAUAUGUUUUUCUUUCUUGCUUGUUUAAUAGGUUUAUAGUGAUAACAGUAUUAAAUGUAAGGGAGCUAACUCUUAUAUAAAAUAUAUGGGGACAUUCAUUUUUGUAAGAUAGCAUACAUCCUUAAGUCCGUCCAAAACAUAAAGAUUCAUUGUAUAUAUGCUCAUCAUUCUCGGUUGAUGAAGACUUUUCAAACUUCUUUCUUGAUGUGAAAGAGAAAGUUAAAAACACGUCGAUGAAUAUUUAGAUAUUUUGUUAGAUGUCAGCUGUGAAAAAAUUCCAUUUAGACAUGCUGAGUUAUAUGAAUGUUCUCUCUGCACAUUAAUAGCACUUUUUUUUUCGUACAUUUUUUUUUUAUGCAAUUGCUUUUCUAGAACAUAUUUAUAAGGCUGACAUAUAUGACAGGAUAUCGGUUCUUUUUUUCAUUAUGUGUGACUGAAUAGAUAUUCACAAGAUAAUACAUUUUAUGAUUUUUUUCCCCUGUUAAAUCAUUGUGAAAUUAAAUAUCUUUGAAAAUAUUUUCUGUGCAGAAGAAGUCAAAGACUGAUAAAAAUAUAAUAAAUUUGUUAUGGAAUGUAGCACUGGUUUGACACAAUAUACGUAUAUAUAGUAAUGGUAUUUCACGUUAGGCUGCUUGUAUAAAUAUCAAAAUAAAGCAAACAAAUAUCUGUGAUAAAGUUUCUGUGGAAGAAAUAUUUGAUUAUAUUUAUACUUUAUAUGUUAUUUAAAUGUGAUGCAGCAGUUCUUUGUAGGAAAAAUUGUUAUGAAGCAAUAUUUCUGUCAUUGAAUGAUAGAAUUGUUCUAUGAGACGUAACCUUGGUUACAACUAUGAGACGUAACCUAGGUUACAACUAUGAGACAUACAUGUGACCUUGGUUACAACUAUGAGACGUAACCUAGGUUACUACUAUGAGACGUAACCUUGGUUACAACUAUGAGACGUAACCUAGGUUACAACUAUGAGAUGUACAUGUGACCUUGGUUACAACUAUGUUUUUCAACUAUGAGAAGUAACCUAGGCUACAACUAUGAGAAGUAACCUAGGCUACAACUAUGAGAUGUUACCUAGGUUACUACUAUGAGACAUAGCCUAGCUAUAGGUUACAACUAUGAGAAGUAACCUAGGCUACAACUAUGAGAUGUUACCUAGGUUACUACUAUGAGACAUAGCCUAGCUAUAGGUUACAACUAUGAGAAGUAACCUAGGCUACAACUAUGAGACGUUACCUAGGUUACUACUAUGAGAUGUAACCUAGGUUACUACUAUGAGAUGUAACCUAGGCUACAACUAUGAGAUGUUACCUAGGUUACUACUAUGAGACAUAGCCUAGCUAUAGGUUACAACUAUGAGACGUUACCUAGGUUACAACUAUGAGACGUAACCUAGGUUACAACUAUGAGACGUUAACUAGGUUACAACUAUGAGACGUAACCUAGGUUACUAACUUUAAAGUAUCGAUGACCAAGUCCCUAGGUAUGAUUUUUGGGACAUUGCAGUUUCACUGCACCAUGUGAUAAUUCUGAAUUGUCAAAAUUAAAUGUGUACAUUCAGUUAUAAAGA